AGCGUGUGUAUAUCUCUGCACGCGCCUGCCAGAGGACACAGGAUCUGGCAGUAGUUGGAUUGAAUGGAUGAUUGUGACAUAAAAAAAAACCCGCCAGAAGAAGAAGCAAUCUCCCAGAGAUAAAGGAUUAGUGAUGUGAUAUCUGAUGGAGUUGAUGUGACGGCUAGGAGUUGCUCCAUGGAGCUGCAGGCGUCCUGUUAAAUGAGGCGGUCAUGGAGAAGACCAGCAGCUGGGGAUUACAUUUAUUCGAGCUUUUCUUUCUCGUGCUGCUCUCGGGUUACCCGUUAUGCUGUCAGGGAAGCUGGAUGUGGCUGGGCAUCACGUCUGUGGGAGUAGUGGAGAAGAUGGGCUGUGCUAAUCUGCCUCUGUCCAGCAAGCAGAAGGACGUGUGUAAGAGGAAACCCUACCUGCUGCCCAGCAUUAAAGAUGGAGCACAUCUGGGCAUCUCAGAGUGCCAGUCCCAGUUCAGACAUGAGCGCUGGAACUGCAGCACCAGCAAACAGCCCUCUGUGUUCGGCUACGAGCUCACCAGUGGAACCAAAGAGACAGCUUUCAUCUAUGCUAUCAUGGCGGCAGGGCUGGUCCAUUCAGUCACCCGGUCCUGCAGUACGGGGAACAUGACCGAGUGCUCGUGUGACACCACGCUAACAGGCAGCGGCUCGCAAACCGAGGGAUGGCACUGGGGCGGCUGCUCGGAUGACAUCGCCUACGGGACGUGGUUCAGCCGCCGUUUUAUUGACCAUGCAACAAAGAACGCUUCUGUACACGCAGACGAGGCCCUGCUCAUUAUGAACCAGCAUAACAGCGAGGCAGGGAGACAGGCUGUGGCCAAGACAUUGUGGAAGGACUGCCGCUGUCAUGGCGUCUCAGGCUCCUGUGCUGUAAAGACAUGUUGGAAGACCAUGGCAUCCUUUGAGCGUGUAGGGAACUAUCUAAAGGAGCGUUAUGAGAAUAGCAUACAGGUGCUAGACCGCACCAAGCGCAAGUUCCGUCGCAAAGAAAAGGAACAGCGGCACAUGCCCAUUGGCCGGGAGGAGCUCAUCUUCCUCAACAAGUCACCCAAUUAUUGCGUGGAGAACCGGCGGUUAGGCGUGGCCGGGACUCGGGGGCGCCGCUGUAACCGCACAUCUGCCGGGCCGGACGGCUGCAACUUGCUGUGCUGUGGCCGUGGAUACAACACACAUGUGGUGCGUCAUGUGGAACGCUGCGAGUGCAAGUUCAUCUGGUGCUGCUACGUGCGCUGCCGACGCUGCGAGACCAUGAAUGACAUUCACACGUGCAAAUAGAGGGACGAGCCAAGGACAGGGAGAUAUAAGGAGACAUAGAAAGAGAGAUGACAUGGGUUUCACUUCCUUCCCUGUACCUCUUUUCAUUUCAUGUCUCAAAAGCUUUGUUCAAUGACACCUUCACUUGCUUGAGUAGCUGGAUGGAUUCUCAGGAAGCUCAUGAAGUAUUAAAUGAGUACUGAGUGUUACUAUGAGAACUGAUGACUGAAGCAGCUUUAUGACAAAGGGAUAAUCUCAUCCUCUUCUAAUGAACGGUUUUCCUUAUAAGACUUGGCCACAAAUACAAAAAAGAUCAUGGACAACAUAGCCAAGCCAACCAAGAAUCCAAAGAAAAACUCUGGCAUCCCAUGUGGAUUGGAUUCUAAAGUGGGCUCAAGUCUGACCAGAUUAUGGUCAAUUAUGCUUGUUAAUAUUCACCUAGAUAUUAAUUCAUCCUUGAGUUAUACUCUUCAGCUUAAAUUCUUCAACUUCUCCUUAAAGAACACUCUUAAAGGUUUUAUGUAAAACACUGUAACAGAGUGCUUAACUAUCAGAGAAGCUAAAGAAUGUGUGUUUUUCAAAGAAAGGUACUUUGAAAAAUACAGCAACAUCAUGCUUAUGAUAACUUAUGUGUUUUGAGUAGUUUGCAAUUCUUAUAUGAUGUAAAUAGUCUGCUACAUGAUACUGCUUUUCCAAAGACAUACACUAUUAGUACUUCCUUGGUAACCCUUAAAGGUUCUAUGGAGAGGGUUUCCCUUUCAUAAAAGGUUCAGAGUAGAAUCCCUUUAGAAAAGUAGACCCUAUUAAUAAUCCAAAGAACUAUUUAAGAACCUGAAGUCCUUCUGGGAAAUGCUUUAAAAGUUCUUUGUAAGCCCUCUAACAGUGGGUUUCCCUAGUAGAUCCGUCUUUAGACCAUUAGAACCAUUUUUCAAGGCAAGUUCAAUCUGCAGAAACAAACAAAAAAGAUUCACAUUCAUCAUUGUACAGGGUUCUGGCUUGUCUUUCUUGGAAAACCCCUAAGCAUUCUGUGUAGAACUGUUUAACAGGGGAGAUAUAACCAUGAAUCAUCCAGGCAUAUAGGGUUCUUCAGUCUUGUUCUUCUGGGUGACAAGAAGAGCCAUUAAGUUUCUAAACAAUCAUCACUGGUACAAUCUUAGGAGUUAAAUCUAACCUGAAGGAUUCUUUGGUCUUGUGUUUAUGGGGAAACUCUUAGAGGUUAUGUAUAGAAACCUCUAACACUGGAUUUCCUUUUCAUCAAUGGUUCUAAGCAGAACUGCUUUAGGAAGUUAGAACCAUUUUCCAUCCAAACAACCACUGCAGAACCAUGUUUUCUUUCUAGGCAUGUACAAUCUGAGGACAAAAUAUGUUCAGUAUGUUACCAAAUAGGAUUCUACAGUCUUGUGCUUCUGGGGAAAUCCUUAAAAGUUCUAUCUAAAACCAUCUAACGGUGGGUCUCGCUUUCACAAAAGGUUCCAAGUAGAAGUGCCUUAGAGUGAUAGAACCAUUAACCAUCCAAACAGCCACCACAGAACCAUUGUUUUUUUCUAACCUAGUACAAUCAUAGAAAAAAAAGAGGUAAAUCUAUCACUGCAUAGGGUUCUUUGGUCUUGUCCUUCUGGGCAAAACCUUCAAGAUUCUAUAUCUAAAAACCUCUAAUGGUGGGUCUCGCUUUCAAAAAAAGUUCCAAGUAGAUGUGCCGUAGAGAGAUAGAAUUAACAAUUAACCAUCCAAACAAGCAGAGCAGAACAAUGUUAUGAAAAAAGUAUUAAUUGUACCACCACGUUAGUUUUACAGUCUUGUAUUUCUGAGAGAACGUUUUUUUAAACUGGUUCCCUUUCAGAAAAAGUUCCAAGUCAAUCACCUUUAGAGAUCUUAAACUGUUAAUGAUCCAAAGAACAUGUGAAUAAACCUUUUUCUAAAAGUAUAGUAUUUAGCAUGUGAAGCUGGAUGUAGAACUGAAGUCCUUGUACAUAUUAAAUGAUGUCUUUAGACUCCAGGAUCAUUUGUAUAAGGACAUGUAAAAUCUUUCUGAUGAUGUCUGUUCCUUUUGCCCCAGUCCUUAGAAAGGGUUGUGUUUGUCCCUCUGAAAGAACACUUAAAGGUUUUUUGUAGUACCCUACCUUUCAGAAACAUUCGCAACAUCUAACCAUCCAAAGAAUGCUUGAGGAACCCAUAUUUUAAAUAAAGAGUGCACUUACUGUCUGUGCUUAAAGCCUUUUCCACAUGUUCGCUUCCUCAAAAAGACGUCCUAAUUUGUUAGAAGUCACAAACAUGUGCCAAAUACCACGGGUUUUUUUCUUUUAAAAACGGCUCUAAAAAGCUAACGCAAGUGACACUUUAGCGUAAGUGACACUUUGUUAGAGCUUCCUCAAGGCUCUUACUGAACACACCGGCAGCUGUUUAUUAUCUUACACAUUUGAAUGCACUUGUGAGGGAAUUUUGUCUGUGACUGGUUUGUCGUAACUGCUUCAGCCAUUUUCUGUCAGGGAGCCUGAAAUCUCUGUGGCUCUCACGGAUAAAUGAGAAACUCAAUCUCUGUGUGCAAACACUUUUCCACCUGCAAUCCAAUAAAUCAUUUCAUUUGGUCGUGAGCUUGAAGUUGUUGUUGUUGUUGUUUUUUAAAAUCACUUGUUUUCUAGAGUUUUCAUCCAUGGCAGAAAAAUGUAUGAAAUGUAUCUGAAGCUAAAUCUCAGCCAGUCGCAGCCUGUUGAUUUUUCAGCUAAUAAUAAAGCCUUCGAUUGCCU